AUGCGUAGAUCUGAGUCUGAUUUAAUGCUACCAAGUGGAAGUAUUCAAGAAUUCUAUGAUCACUGGGAUUGUUGUAAAUCAAUAAUUAAUGACAGUAAUAAUACUGUCCUGUCUAUUGCUAAAAUUGAAUCAGUCUUCAAUCAUGUUGGAAAAAUUAUACUUCUAGUAGUUGAUGAACACUUUUCAUGUAAAUCAGAACAAAAUACUGUCCUACAAGGUUCAUAUCUUGAAGCAGUACUACACAAUAAUAUAUUCCAAUCACUUCUUAUAUGGAUUGAAGCUAGUCCAACCUUGAAAGAUGAUAAAUCAUUAAGUACACGUGAUGUACUACGCAGAAAUCUUAUUAUUGCCUUUGAACAAUUAAUAACACAAUCCAGACAGAAUGUUCUGCUGCACAGACCAAUUUUACAACCAUUAUGUCAAUUAUUAUUCAAAUUAUCAUCACAAUUACGAUCAGGCUAUGAUCAAAUCUAUGGACGUUUAUUGCAUAGUGUCUGUGUUUUACUGUGUAGAAAUUAUCAAUUAUUAGAGUUUAGUAGACAGCUGUGCAAAGAAAUAUUCAAUCAACCCUAUAUGAUAUUUUCAUUACUUGUCCCAUUAGUACAUCGUAAUGAUACACUGGGUGAUUCAGCUAGAGAUUCAUUUCUGUUAAUAUUUGCUAUAUCUAAAAAAGACGAUCAACUUGGUCAAUAUUUAGCCUAUGAAUCUGAUAUAUGCCCGGUUCUAGCCACUGGUUUAAGUGGUCUUUAUUCAAGUUUACCAAAAAAACUGGUACCACGUUAUUCCGUGAAUUCAUACAAUAAUUAUGAUUACAAUAAUACUAGUACUAAUUACGCUUACAAUAACAAUGGUACUGUCUUUGAAUCUCCUGGUGGUCCUGUCUCUGUCACUACACCAGUUUUUAUCCAAUCAGAUUUACGAUACCCAUGUCUUUUAGAAUUACAGGUUGGCGGUGCUGAAUGGCAUCAACUGACAGAGAAGGAGAGUAAUCAUUCAAUCGAUCUGAGACGGUUUUUGCAUACACUGGAUUUUUGUAACCUUACAGUUAAAAUUGCGCAUCCACAUGUUCGUGAUCAAUUAUUGCAUUUUAUUCAUUCUGGAUUCUUGAUUCCAGUUUUAGGAUCUGCAUUACAUCAAAGUGCUAUGGAUGAAGUGAUCGCUGCGACUGCCUACUUGGAAUUAUUUUUACGUCGUUUAACUGAACCCCUAUUGAUAAGGCUAUUUCUCAAGUUUAUUAUCAUUGAGUCAUAUGACACCUAUCAUAUACUUACUUCAAUUAUGAAUCGAUUGAAUGCUAAUGCUGUGCUAAUUACUGAUAAAAGAUAUCGACUUGGAAUGGUCACAUUAUCGUUAUUUCGAACAAUAUUAAGCUUUCACUGUGAAGAUGUUAUGUAUGAAUUAAUAUUUAAACAUUUACUCACUCUAAAUUAUUUAGAUCCUGAAAAACAUGAUUCUUCAAAUAGUAAUAAUAAUCUGCAUAAAACCUCCUCGUUAACAUCAUCUACGCUAUCAUUGUCAAAUAAUGGGAAUAAUGGUGUUAGCGGGACACCACAACCACCACCACCACCAAAAUUAUGUUGGUCAACAUCACCAAGAUUGAAUUCAAUGUUGUCAACAUCAAUGACACGAAGUUCUACAGUGUCUAAUCAACAUCCUAGUGUUAGUGAAUUAAUUCCACAUCUUGUUAAAUCAGCUGAAGUAUUUCUAUCACUGGCUAAUACUUCAUCAACAAGUGCAUCAAUGUUGUCUUCAUCGAAUGAUAGAAUGUCAAGAUCUAAUCAUAAGCAUGAAUCAACAGGUUCAGAAAAAAACAAACAGCAGGAGCAGAAGAAGACGAAGAAGACAUCAAAUGUAUCCUAUUGUCCUAUUGAAAAGUUACGUAAUGACUCCAAGGAGAUUAUCUUCACUGGUACUAUUCCUAAUACAGAUCCCCUGACAGAUUUAAAUGCACAGAAUAUCAACAAAGAGAUGGAUCAGGCAACUGGUGAACAUUCAGCUAUAGACAGUGAUGAUGACACUGAUGACGCGGAUCACGAAGAUGGUGAUGAUGAUGACGACGACGACAAGUAUAAAACGCUAAAUAAAAAUGAAUGGGUCGUGAUACGUACUGCACAUCCUAUCCUAUUGACAGAUAAUUAUCCUGAAUUAUUAAAAUACAUAAAAAGUGCACAUUCACGUGUUUCACGUCGACGUCAAGCAUGUAAAUCAUGGUAUUCACAAUAUUGGCCAAAAACUACUGAAAUCAUAAAUCAUAUAAGUAGUAUGAGUAGUGUUGGUGGUAGUAGUAGCAGUAGUGGUAUGAAGUCCAGCAGUACACCUAUCAAAAUGACAACAGAUGAUGAAACCUUGGAAUUACAAGAAAAACAAGCUCAAAAUGAUUUAUAUCGAACAACAACAAUAAGUGGAUCAAUAAAAUCUAUAAAAAAUGAUUGUGUAACCCAAUGUUGUGUAAAAUUGAUUGAAGAACAUGAUCGAUGCUUGCGAAGUGAUACAGAGGCAGAAGAAGAUGGUGAUGGUGAUGGUGGGACAGCUGAAGGUGGUGGUGUUAGUGGUGCUGGUGUCUGUGAUUCAUCCUCUUCAUCUAUCCACCUUCAAUCAUUAUCACGUCAACAUGCUUCAUCAAUGUAUCAAUUGAAUUAUUUAAAUGAUUUUUCUGAUGAAGAGAAUUGUCAUGAUAGUGAUAAAAAUGACAAGGAUACAAGUGUACCGCCUUCAGAAGGUUUACCGACAACUGGAACUCGACAGUUGUCUCGUGUAGCCUCUACAGAGGUAUUUCAUCCCGUCCAAGGGGACGAUAAUAAUAAUAACGAAAUAGUUUCAUUAGAUGAGAAAUUGGAAAACGUCAAUGAAGAAAAAAGAGGACAACCGACGAAUAAGGAGAACGAGAAGAAGCCGAAGAGAAAGAAAACGAAAAAGAUAAAAAAGGCAGCGUGUCUUGUUUCGCCAAGAAUUUCCACACCACAUUCUCCAGGGAAUUCCACUCCCACGUGUACUUGUUUAUCAACCCUACCAGAUUUAUUAAGGUUAGCACAUUUAGAUCCAAGUAUACAAUUACAUAAGCAUAAUUCGAUUGGUGUUGCUAUGGAUACCGUUGCCUCUAGUAAUAAUAAUGAUGACGGUGAUGAUGAAAGAAAAGAAUAUGAAUUGGAGAAUUUUUUAGCCGCUUUAGAUUGUCUCCCGUCACCUGGACAUUGUCCCAAGCACUUUGGUCAUUUACCUCCAUUUAUAUCCUAUAGUAAAAUUGAUAAUGAAUUUUUUGUCAAGUUAGAUGAGUAUAUUAAAGAGUUUGAAGCAUCACAGUUGAUGAAUACUGAGGCAUCACUAAUGAUGAAUACAUCGUCAACUUUGACCGGUAAUAGUAAUAGUGAUAGUACAGCUUCUUCUGGCGUCGUCAAUAGCAAGAGCUUAACACAACAAAUGGAGGAAGGAAAGUCUUCAGCAGCAGAAUUAUCCAAUGAUCGGUUGUUAGAUUCGGUUCUGUUGGACAGAUCAGAGUCGAGACAAUCGAGUCAUAAGAUUAACAGUAACAGCAGUAGUACUUGUAGUGUUCGUGGUGGUGGAUUAACCGAUUUCCCGUCAACGCCCUCCCUGCAGUCAGCAAGACAUAAUUCGAAUUCUGUUGGUGUAGCCGGUGGUAUAGGUCCCUUUUUAUCUAUUCUAUUGAAUCGUUUGGCUAAUAUGCACAAUAAUUGCUUUUUUACUAAUCUCCUACUGACGGAUAUAUUUGCUGCAUUAGCUUCUUAUCCAUGUCCAUUAUUGUAUGAAUUUCUAUUGAAUCCAGUCGGAUUAAGUGUCAAACCGUCUGUCAAUACUCUGUAUAAGGUUCUUAGAUCAGUUAACAGUCAAAUUGUAGUUGCUUCAGAAUCUGUUGAACAAUGGAAGUCACUUGUAUUCCGUGCUCGUGUUUACUUGAAUAUUGUAUGGCCAGGUCCAUUUAAAAUGACAAUAGAUCCAAAUUUUUAUACAACACAUCGUGGUGGCGGUGUAUCUCAAGCCAGAGAUGCUACAUCUAAGUCUUCACAAAAUCAUUCAACAGAUUGUCAAUUACACAAAAAUUCUCUUCAACAUGUUAUCCCCUUAUCACCUGUUAUCUAUCCUACACCUUCAAUGGAUAACAUUAAUAUUAACAAUAGUAAAGCAGGCAGUAAUGAACGUUCACACCGUAGUGGUAGCGUUACAAGUAGUACUACCUCCAGUUUGAGUAAUAUCGGUUCACAUAUACGUCAUAGUAGUCGUAGUCGAAUUAAUCAACUCUUUGGAUUAACUAGUCGAAUUGCACUUAGUCCUGUAUUAAAACGUGCAUCAUUACAACAACAACAACCACGUUCAUCGCUUUUCUCAUCUGAUCAUCGUCAAAGCAAAUCGAAAGUUUAUAAUUCAGGAUCAGAAGAUGAAGGUGACGGUGAUGCUGAUAGCGUUGGCGAUCACAGUAAUCGUGAUGGAAGUCAUCUUAAAUUUCCCGGUAGUUCAGAUACUACUACUGAUAUCUCUAAUAAAACACGUAAUUUAGUUUAUGCUUCAAUUAUUUUUGAUGAAUUCUGUUAUGAACUUGCUUCUAUCUGUUAUGAGCAUAGUUUAAAUCCAUGUUUUCCGAAUAUCUGA